GAGGAUGGGGAUAAGUAUUGCUAUACUCUUAAGGCUGAUGAUAGUUACUUUUUCAGCGACUCAAAAAGACUCCCCGGAGAAUUGUCAGUAAAGAGCAUUGACUUUUAUUUCAAAAUCCUUAACAUUUCCGCUGUUGUCGAGCAUUUUUUAUCUGUAGCAACUAUCACAGGCCGAAUAUCAGAUAAAGGGUUCAAGGACUUAUCACCAACAAAUCCAGUAAAAAAACGAUUAGAUGAACAAAUGAAUACGUUUGCGGGCAUCCAAAAUGUGUCAGCUCUGGUAUACUUUAAGAAAACCACAUUGUCCACUUUACCUGAUGAUGUAUCCACAAUCCUUGGCCUACCUCCUAAUUACAAUAAUACAUCCUUCUUUACCACUGUGACAAAAUACUUUCAAAUGCAUCCAAACAACAGCUUCCCCUUUACAGGUCACUUUAAUAUUGCUCCAGGAAGUUUUCUCCACAAGGUGCAAUCUGAAAAAUG